GACAAUUUACAUGACACCAACUUUAGAUACCAUUAAUUCAGUUUACUCCUCUGUCUUUGCUCACUGUUUUCUCUUCAUAAUUAAAAUCGGGUUUUGGAUUCAAGACACAGACCCUACAGGAGAUGAACUUUAAAAAACUGAAGUUUUUUAAAUUUAAAGGAUUUGGAAGCCUCGGUAACAUACCAUGGGUUUUCUCCAGACGCUCCUCUACUGCCACCUGUAAAGCGGACACAGAAGUUUCAAAUGAAUUUCAGCACCAUGGUAGUCUUCAGGAUGAUGGCAUGUUUAAAACUGUGGAUGACAUGGAUACUGCUCCAAGAAGUCCCUCAUAUGCACGGUCAUCUGAUAUCGUUAGUCACAUGGGGACAAUGCCACGAAGUAACUUACGUCGUAAAAAGAAACACAGUAAGAAGGAAAAAUCAUCAAAUGAGACACUUAACAAAAAAAACUACCACAAGGAAAUGCCACUGUCUACACCAAGUAAUCCAUCUUUACCAGAUUCUCUAUUGCCUUCUCCCCCAAAUGUUUCAACUUGCAAAGACGAAGCUUCCCCCACAAUGAAACUUAAUCAAAAUGAUGACGCCCCACUGCAAGAUCCAGGAAUGCUUUCAAAUGCACCUGUACUAGGUGAUCAGUGCCAUGAAACUCAGGUACAGGUGACAGCGGCUAAUAGUCUUCACAUGCCUAGAGUGGCUAAACAGCAGUCCAUAAAUACAGAGGAAGACGGCAGUGCAGGGACAGAGAAGCCUGUCAGAAGCUCAUCUUGUGAAGCCAAUGCAAAUAUCCAUGAGGAAGAUGACAAAAAGGAGAUGAAAAGACUUCCAUCCCAAGGACCCACUAGUGAAGCUCCUGAGCCAAUUCAUGAAAGUAUCACUAAGGAGCAGUCAGACGACAGAUCCAUGGAAUCUUAUAGUGACUAUGUUAAGUUCUCCAAGGAGAAGUACAUUUUGGACUCCUCACCUGAGAAGCUGCGCAAAGAACUUGAGGAAGAAUUACGGCUAAACAGCAGUGACCUUCGCAGUCAUGGCUGGUACCAUGGGCGCAUUCCAAGAGAGGUAGCAGAGUCAUUGGUGCAGAAGAAUGGAGACUUCCUGAUUAGGGAUUCACUCACCAGCCUCGGUGACUAUGUUCUUACUUGUCAUUGGAAGAGUGAUUCAUUGCACUUUAAAAUCAACAAGGUGAUGCUAAAACCUAACGAGGCUUAUACAUGUAUCCAGUAUCUUUUUGAACAUGAGAGUUUUGAUAAUAUUCCUGCCCUGGUACAUUCCUAUGUGGGAAACCGCCGGAUAGUGUCCAAGCAAAGUGGGGCAGUCAUCUGGAAUCCUAUUAACCGGACUCUUCCUCUCCGUUACCUGGAAGCAAGUUAUGGACUAGCCAGUGGCAAGCAUGGACUGUCCCACAGUCCAAGUAGUCAAAAAGGUGGUUAUAUUAAGAGAAGAAGCAUCACAAUGACAGACGGACUGACAACAGAUAAACUGACAAGGAGCAAUGCUUAUCCUGACAGUGUCUCGUCUACACAUACGGACGUAAUCCGGAAUUGUGCCCUAAGCAUGGACCAGAUUCAGGAUUACCGAGCACCAAUGUCUCCAAUCAGUGAAACCCCACUUUCACCGGCUUACAGCACUGUUAUAAAGCACAAAACUCAAGUGAGUCAAGUAAAUGGGAAAGCUACAGAAUCGCCAGUAGCAAGGAGAUCCAGUGAACCUCAACUUUGCCCAGCUAACAACAAUAAGACAAGUACUGAUUCAAAAAGCACUGCCAUUCCAAGUCAGGAAAAUGCACAUUCCUCUCCCUGCCAUGACUACUUCCACAAAUCCUCAUCCAUCCAAAGCUAUGAAGAACCAGAAAAUGGACACUACUGUGAACUACAACCACCAUCUCCACUUAACUGCGACAGUCCAGCAAAGAGCCUCAGUAAACAGAACUCCCUAAAAAGCUAUGUAGAACGAUUAAAGGUAGAGGAGGGACAAAAUGUCUGUACCCGUCAGGCUGAAACAAAAUUCAGCUUUGUGGACUCAGGAAUGCAUUUUAGUCCAACAGGAUCAGGAAAGGAGGUGGAGAUGAAAGGUGGGGUGUUUGUUGCACCUGUUGUUGAAUUAACUUCAACUUUUAAGCCUAAGGAAUUCAGGUCCUUGCUAAUUCCUUCAGACAAUAAACCACUAGAGAUGGGUGCCCUGAAGAAAGUCAAAGAAAUCCUGGUAGAUGUAGAUGCCAAGACAACAGCGAUGCAUAUGACAAAAGUUGACUGCCAGGUUGCUAGGAUAAUUGGGGUAACCAAGAAGAUGCAGAAACUCAUGGGAGUAAGUUCAGGUCUAGAACUCCUCACCCUGCAACAUGGACACCAGCUCCGUCUUGACCUGCUAGAAAGAUUUCAUACCAUGUCCAUCAUGAUAGCAGUCGAUAUUCUGGGAUGUACUGGCAGUACGGACGAGCGCGCAGCACUUCUGCACAAAACAAUACAGCUGGCUGCUGAACUGAAGAGCAGUAUGGGAAACAUGUUCGGUUUUACAGCAGUAAUGAAAGCUUUGGAGAUGCCUCAGAUAUCCAGGUUAGAACAGACAUGGACAAUUCUGCGACAGCGACAUACAGAAGGGGCAGUCCUUUAUGAGAAGACCCUAAAGCCAUUUUUGAAAAACAUGAAUGAAGGAAAAGAAAGCCCUCCACUGACCAAAACCACGUACCCACAUAUUAUUCCAUUGAUUUCACUACUGGAGAGGGACACUGUGUUCUCUGAAGGUCCAGAUCCUUGGGAAAGUAUUGAGAACGGUGCUGAAAUCAUCAUGGCUCAUCUUGAAGCAGCAAGGACAGUGGCACAUCAUGGAGGACUCUACCGUACCAAUGCGGAGAUGAAACUUCAAGGUUUUGAACCAAACGAAGAAGUCCUGGAAGUAUUCAAGACAGAGUUCCAGAUGCGCUUGUUAUGGGGUAGUCGGGGUGCAGAAGGCAAUCAGGUAGAACGUUAUGAAAAAUUUGACAAGGUACUAACGGCACUGUCCAACAAGCUAGAACCACCAGUGCGCCACAGUGAAUUAUAGCCCAGUGAGAAUGGACAGCAGAGAACUAUAAAGAGAACAGCAUGAUUUCCAGACAUUAAUAGCAAUUAUUUUGCCUUCCUUCACCUGAUGUCAUCAACAAAACGUCUUAUUAGAGCAGCAGCUAAUGGCAAUCUGCUGAAAUCUGCAAACAUGAACCAGGCCUUACCAAGUCUUGUGGAGUCUGGACUCUGUCAGGAAAAGAGGCUGAAUACAUAAAGUAACACAGCUACAGCACUUGUCAUAACUUAAACUGGAAAUUAGAUACAAUCUUGUGUUUUUUUCAUUUACCUUUAGCACUUGGAUGAAAUAAAACUAAUGACAGUCUGCUGAAUCCCCCAGUCUAUCCAACUAACUACAGUGUAGAUACAAUGCAGCUUUUAGCAUUCCCAUAAUGACUGUAAUGUAUAGUCAUACCUGGAUGGUUUUUUUUCAGUCUAAUAAGAAAUAUUUAUUUAGGCACAUGUGACUGGUGCAUAACUAGAACACCUUGUAUUUUCUACCUGUUGAAACUGAGAGGUAACACUUGUUGCCCUGCUAAGCUCCAUUCUCCUACAUUGCCAUUUUAUGAGCAGAUUUGUUUUGGAACAGAAAGUUGUAGCAAUACCCUAGACUUCAUUUUAUUUUCCAUACCAGAUCAUGCUUGCAUAGCACAGUGUUUCCCCUUAAUCUGCUGCUAUGCUUUCCCCUCAAUCAUGAAAAAUACUGGUUAAGUGUUAAGGAAAAAAGAGCAUUGCAGGUAAGCCAAUAAAUAAAUUCAAGAGUUACCUUAAUGUAAUUGCCUACUUUUGGCCAUGACAAGUAUACAUGAUUAACCAUUCCAUGUUACCUGAAUGUUUAAUCACAUAACCCAAGGACUGUUUGUCAUCAUCUUCAGCAUCUUUUUUUUUUCUAAAGUGAGCCAUUUACAGUUGAGAACACUUUGAAAAAUCUAGUAUUUAAGCUUGUACUGUAUAGAUCAGGUGGAUUUAUCUAUCAGACUGCAGCAAUUUGCUUGGAAACUAACUCUAAUAUAUCUGAUAACAUCCCUGUACUCCUCCCUUAUCAGACCCAUUAUUGCGUACAGUGCCCCCUUUGACAUCUACCUUACCAAGC